AUGGGUAUCGACUUGGAUCGCCACCAUGUGCGCAGCACCCAUCGCAAGGCGCCUAAGAGCGAGAACGUGUACUUGCAGGUUCUGGUGAAGCUCUACCGCUUCCUUGCCCGCCGUACGGACGCGAACUUCAACAAGGUCGUGCUGCGUCGUCUGUUCAUGUCGAAAAUCAACCGGCCCCCAGUUUCCCUCUCCCGCAUCGCUACCAACCUGACCGACGCACACAAGGGCAAAACUGUCGUUGUCAUCGGCACUGUCACUGAUGAUAACCGCCUUCUCAAUGCACCCAAGGUGUCGGUUGCUGCCUUGCGCUUCACUGCCACUGCUCGGGCUCGGAUCGAAAAGGCUGGUGGCGAGACGUUGACCUUGGACCAGCUUGCCCUGCGGGCCCCCACCGGAGCUAACACACUGUUGCUGCGUGGUCCCAAGAAUGCCCGGGAGGCCGUCAAGCACUUCGGCUUCGGCCCUCACAGCCACAAGAAACCCUAUGUGCGUAGCAAGGGACGGAAGUUUGAGAGGGCUCGUGGACGGAGAAGAUCCAAGGGCUUCAAGGUCUAA